AUGAACUUCGAGGGCAUCGAUGGCACAGAGUUUCCGCUACGCGGCAUUGACGAAAUAUGGGAGCAGUGGAACCAAAGUAAUGAACUCUCUUCCGCCACGAAUCUCCCCUCAAGUCUGAAGUUCCGCCAGCAAGACACAUCGGCGCCCUCAGGUUGCACUGAAGUCUUCGACGCGGAGUUUAAAUGCCUGUACGAAGUGCCGUCCCACUUGGUGGUACACACACCCUCCGCGCGGCUAAAUAUCACCCGCUUAGUCUUCUGCCGCAACUACAAGACCGGUGAGCCCGACUCGUGCAAAAUGGGAGAUAACUGUAAGUUUGUGCACGCCGACGUGGAUAUUAAAAUGCUGGAGGCAUUUCCGAUUCACGUUAAUUACAUAUGGCGCCACGAAGACCUAUGCACGUAUAAACGACUCCCACCAGGUGAGACGGUGGAAGUCUUGUGCAGUGAUAUGUGUACGAUAGAGUCGUUGCCUAGCGAGCGCAUCCUCGUAACGCGUGGAGCUUUGGCUCGCCACGAUAUUGCAGAACCUCUGAUUCGGUGCAGAUAUUAUGAUGCGAACCAGACAUGUUUUUCAGGCGAGUGCUGCAACUUCAUACAUGUUAUGUUUGUUGAUCCGAACGUCCAAGGGUAUUUCAAACGAGCGCCAAAAGCUCAUGUAGAGACCAGGGCAAUCGCAACUAGUUCAUCGCUUCAGCACCAGAAUUAUAGCAACAACAGCAAUAACAACAACAGCAGCAGCAGCAGCAGCGCGGGAAAUCACGUUUUAGAAGGUCACCAUGGCGUUCAGGGAAUGAAUUCAGCAUGGGUGCCAAAUGUGAGUUCACCGUCCUUUGAAUCAAGUGGAAUCACGCCAUUUGCGUUAAUGCAUACUUUCAAUGGAGCCAUGCCUUUCAUCCCAUCAUCGAUGUAUGCACAACAAGAUGCGGGGGUAAUAAACCUCGGGGGCUCCACAUCGCCUGUAGCUGCCAAUGCCCGUCCAUCGGGCCAGCCCAUCCCAUUCCCCUACGACCACACAGACGGAAGUCUGCAGGAGCUUCUCAAGAUGCUUCAGGUGUCAAGUCACUCNCCCAGCGCCGGCGCCCGUCCGCAUGAAAUGCAAGCAUCGUCAACUGGUGCAGGACGGAUGCAGUCAUCAGAUGCCAGUAACAGCAACGCAAACACUUUAACGACCCAGGAGCAACUCACCGGGGCUCUUUCGCAUGUUGUUUCGCUUCUUGCGCAACAAAUGGCCGUGACACGCAGUGUCACGAUUGGAUCAUCACCGUUGCUGGACGAUCCGUAUUCGAUGGGAACAUUGCUCUUUUUACCGCGCGGGGCUACGGAGGCGGUGGCGGUGCAGCCGGUUUACGAUGCCUCUUUUAUGGCCGUUGUGACAGCACUGGGUGGUCAGCAGCAGCGCCCCAUGAAUCCCGUUAUGCAACCGCAGACGAACACGGUGCCACAGCCGCCAGCCGCACAGAAAGGGAAGGUGCAGCCAAAGAGUUGGUAUCCGUUCCCCUUGCCCAGCGGUGGAAACGGUAACGGCGCCGUGGUAUCCAACGGGGUUAUGAACGGCAGCAACAGCAGCACCGGGAGUAAUGCCGGCGGUACACCUGCGGUAGACCAUUAUUCGAAGUCGUUCCAACAGCUCCAGCAGCUGCAGAACACUCUGCGAGGCAAUGGGACUUGGAUGCUCGGUGUGUAG